UGCUGAAGAAAAAAAAGUACAGACCAGGAAGUGUUGGCACAGUGCAUAGCUGUCGGUCAUUCUAAAACACACAAACAUUUUAAGUCUAAAGACUAACGUUUAAUCGUUUAUUGUGGAUUAAAUCAAAGUCACCCGAAAAGAAAACCAUGGGGCUGGGCGAUCCAGAUAGUACGCAGAAAGAUGAGGAAGCAGCCCAGGAGGUGGAUCGGGUUAAAGCUCUACAGUCUCAAGUGGAUGGUGUAAAGGAUAUUAUGACCCAGAAUGUGGAUCGGAUCCUGGCUCGCGGAGAGAGACUUGACGAUCUAAUGGGGAAAUCUGAGGACCUGCAGGCUGGGGCCCAGAACUUCAAACAUACCUCUCAAAAGGUUGCUCGUGCUUACUGGUGGAAAAAUGUGAAAUUGAUUGUGGUUAUCGUUGUGAUUGUCCUCAUCGUUAUUCUGAUAAUAAUAUUCCUUGCUACUGGUGUAAUCCCAACCAGUCCUCAGCCUUUACCCACUUCGAAACCUUAGAGUUUCAUUCUCUCUUACACACAUACACACCAAAACAAUUAUGACCUACACAUAUAACACACACACACUUCAGUUUGCACAUUUUACUCAUAUACCUUCAUAUCACUUGGUGUCUCACCAACCUAUAAUGAGGUAACAGAGCUUCCAUAAUGACAGCUUUAAAACCUUGAAGUGGAUUUUAAGUUGUCUUUUACAUAUUUUACUCCCAGAUCAUGCUAAUGACCACUCAGCUGCCUUUAUGGUUCUCUAAAACUUGUGAGAAAAUGCCACAACCUCAUAAUAUUACAUGCAAACCAUAAUUACUAAGUACCAUAGAUAUCCUUGAAAUAAUCCUAUAUGCUGGCAUUGAAUCAGAGAAGGUAAUGGGUAAAGGUUCUGUCUAUUGAAUUAUGAAGUUUAUUUAAGACUGAUAGAUUAAUUGAAAUGUUAUUAUAUAUUAUACCAUAUUUCUAGUCUGUAUUUUGUAUCUGAUGGGUUAAUGUCUUUGUUCCCUUGUCAUUUUUACAUUCAUGUGACAUUUGUAAAAAGUCAACCAAGUAUGUUUUCCUUAAAAUGUUAGAAGUAAGAAUAUCAUUGACUUGUUUAGGGAAUUUAUUUCGAUAACAGAAUAAAUGAAAAAAAAAUUGUGCAUAUAUAGAGCAUGUGAACAAGGUUAUCUAGUCUUGCUUCUGCCCUUCAAAUGGGUAUUUUUUAUAGAUAAAUGUGCUAUUUGUCUUUUCACGUCAUAUCACUGCACUGAGUUGUACCUGCACAGUUACUGUAAAAAUUUGGACACAGUUUGCCUUCGGUCAGCUAAAGCUUUUUUUAAAGUCAAGACACAUAACUUUAAUUUCUGUAAAGAGCGUCAAUAAGGAAUAUUUUGUUGUGUUUAGUUUAUUAAAAAGCUCAAACUCUUGACAUUUUAAAAAUUAGCCAAUGACAAUUAACUUCCCACAUAUCAGUAGUCGUUUCCUUCACAGUCAUUCCUGGUGUUAUAAGAUGAUCUCAUUUUAACCUAUUUGCUAGCUGUACGCACUUUGUUUUGGAGAGGUCAAGAUGUUUUUGUCUGUAGAAUAAAUGAAUUGUCUGUUUGAAUGUUUGUAACUUGAAUCUCAUUAUGUAUUUCUUUUAGCUUUCUUUAACCUUGUACAUGUAUUUGUUUAAAAAUGUAAUGUAUUAGUCACCUUUAUUAUUAUAAACAAGAAGUUUAAUAUUUUUUCCAUAAAUAAAUCUACUUAAAGUAACAUUUUUAAAAACAUCUGUGAAUUUGGAACCUCAUCUUAAUCACCAAUUUCACCUUAAGUCUGUGCUCAUUUUUGCCACACAAACAGUUUUUGCUGGUUUGCUGUUUGUUUAUUUGAGAUGUCAAAUUUACAGAGGUAUUGUAAUCCUUUAAAGUGCCUUAGAAGUAAAUGCUUGGAGGACACAAGAGACUUGUAAAAAUGUUUUGUCAAUAAAUAUUUAAUCUGGCAUUAC